GCAAAUAGUGUUAUAUAAAGGUAGCAACCACAGAAGUUUGAUUCAGCGAAUUAAUCACUUCACAUCCUAUGCCAGCCAAUAAAAGCUGAUUCAUAUCUCACAAGACUCUAAAUUAGUAGUAACAUCCUAUUGUUCUGAAUCCCAGAAGACAACCAAAAUGGCUGUGCUAACAUUAAGGUCAUUUUUCUGUGUCUGUUGUCUCCUCCUGAUAACAAUUUUUAUGUCUGGAGUCAGUGCCGAUAAGAAUACAAAAAACUUCCACUACUUCUGUGAUCAUACAAACAAUAGAGGAAACUACACGGCCAACAGCACCUAUGAGACCAACCUCAACACCCUUUUGUCCACUAUCACUUCCAAUACAGAAAUCGAGUAUGGUUUCUACAAUCUCACAGAGGGCGAAAACACUGACCAAGUGUACGCUGUUGGGCUGUGUAGAGGAGACGUUAAGCCAGAUGAAUGCCGCAACUGCCUGGGACAUUCGAGAGGCAAUCUCAGUGAGGUUUGUCCAAAUCGAAAGGAAGCAAUUGGUUGGUACGAGGACGAGAAGUGCAUGUUGCGCUACUCAAACCGCAAAAUAUUGGGUCUUAUGGAAACUGGACCUGCGUAUUUUGCGUGGAAUUUAAUUGAGGCAACGCAAGCGGAGGAGUUCAAUAAAGUGGUAAAGGACUUGCUUGAUGGGUUGAGAAGCAAAGCUGCAUCAGGAGACUCUCGUAGCAAAUAUGCUACAGCAAAUGCAACUGGGCCAGAUAACAAAAUCAUUUACGGGCUUGUGCAGUGUACGCCUGAUUUAUCUGGACCCGACUGCGAUAAUUGCUUGAUUCAGUCCAUCAAAGAAAUCACAAAUUGUUGCGAUAGUAAAAUAGGAACUAGAAUUGUUAGACCCAGUUGCAAUCUGAGAUAUGAAACUUCCUCACCCUUCUUUGGGUCUCAAGCAUAUACACCAUCACCAUCAUCAUCAUCCUCCCCACCUUCUAUGGUCACUACUAACACUUCCGCAGAAGAUAAGCGCGAUGCGUCAGGAAGUACUUGUGGAGAUCUACUGAUUCUUAUCUCACAAUACUCUAAAUUAGCAGUAACAUCCUAUUGCUCUGAAUCCCAGAAGACAACAACCAAUAUGGUUGUGCUUGCAUUAAGGUCAUUUUCCUGUGUCUGUUGUCUCCUCCUGAUAACAGUUUUUAUGUCUGGAGUCAGUGCCGAUAACAAUACACAAAACUUCCACUACUUCUGUGAUCAUACAAAUAACAGAGGAAACUACACAGCCAACAGCACCUAUGAGACCAACCUCAACACCCUUUUGUCGACUAUCACUUCCAAUACAGAAAUCGAGUAUGGUUUCUACAAUCUCACAGAGGGCGAAAACACUGACCAAGUGUACGCUAUUGGGCUGUGUAGAGGAGACGUUAAGCCAGAUGAAUGCCGCAACUGCCUGGGACAUUCGAGAGGCAAUCUCAGUGAGGUUUGUCCAAAUCGAAAGGAAGUAAUUGGUUGGUACGAGGAUGAGAAGUGCAUGUUGCGCUACUCAGACCGCAAAAUAUUGGGUCUUAUGGAAAAUGGACCUGCGUAUUUUGCGUGGAGUUCAAUCAAUGCAACGCAAGCGGAGGAGUUCAAUAAAGUGGUAAAGGACUUGCUUGAUGGGUUAAGAAGCAAAGCUGCAUCAGGAGACUCUCGUAGCAAAUAUGCAACAGCAAAUGCAACAGGACCAGAUAACAAAAUCAUUUACGGGCUUGUGCAGUGUACGCCUGAUUUGUCUGGACCAGACUGCGAUAAUUGCUUGCUUCAGUCCAUCAAUGAAGUCAGUAAUUGUUGCGAUAGUAAAAUAGGAACUAGAAUUGUUAGACCCAGUUGCAAUCUGAGAUAUGAAACUUCCUCUCUCUUCUAUGGCGCUCAAGCAUAUACACCAUCACCCUCACCCUCACCAUCGCCAUCAUUUUCGCCACCUUCUAUGGUCACUACUAACACUUCCGCAGAAGAUAAUCGCGAUGCGUCAGGAAGUACUUAUGCAGAUAUAGUCUCGUUCAUACUGUUGUUUUGUUGUAUCCUUUUCUGUUUUUGUUUGAGAGCCAAGGAGAAGAUGUUUUGAAAGCAAUUCUACUUAGCAUAUACAUAGCUGCAUCAUCAGAAGAAUUUUUUCUAAAUAUGCUGCAGCAAGUUCAGUUGUAACUUUGGAGACAACUUUCCCCUUUCUGUGUGUAAACUUUUAUUGUUUUUAAUUUUGUAAACUUCAUUCUGAGGAAUAGUAUAGUUAUCAAAAAAAAAAUAAACUUUUAU